UCUGGCUCCCUGCUUGGCUCCAGAGGCUCAGGCCCUUCAUCAGGGAGGAUGUACAGCCAGGUGGAGCAUCCUGCUGGAGGCUACAAGAAGCUCUUUGAGACAGUGGAGGAGCUGUCCUCUCCAGUGACUGCCCACGUCACAGGCAGGAUUCCCACCUGGCUGAGAGGAAGCCUCCUGAGAUGUGGUCCUGGCUUGUUUGAGGUGGGCUCAGAGCCCUUCUACCAUCUCUUUGAUGGCCAGGCACUGCUGCACAAGUUUGACUUCAAGGAGGGGCAUGUCACCUACCACCGAAGGUUUGUCCGGACCGACGCCUACGUGCGAGCCAUGACGGAGAAGAGGAUCGUGAUAACGGAGUUUGGCACCUACGCCUACCCAGACCCCUGCAAGAACAUCUUCUCCAGGUUUUUCUCCUACUUCAAAGGUGUGGAGGUGACGGAUAACGCCCUGGUGAAUGUCUACCCUGUGGGUGAGGAUUACUAUGCCUGCACUGAGACCAACUUCAUCACCAGGAUUAACCCAGACACCCUGGAGACCAUCAAGCAGGUGGAUCUCUGUAAAUAUGUGUCUGUCAAUGGGGCAACAGCUCAUCCCCACAUUGAGAAUGAUGGCACUGUUUACAACAUUGGCAAUUGCUUUGGGAAAAACUUUGCCCUGGCCUACAACAUCAUCCGGAUUCCUCCUCUGCAGGCAGACAAGGAAGACCCCAUGAACAAGUCGGAGGUGGUGGUGCAGUUCCCCUGCAGUGACAGGUUCAAGCCCUCCUAUGUCCACAGCUUUGGGCUGACCCCAAACUACAUCGUGUUUGUGGAGACACCAGUGAAAAUCAACCUGCUCAAGUUCCUCUCCUCCUGGAGCCUCUGGGGAGCCAACUACAUGGACUGCUUCGAGUCCAACGAGACCAUGGGGGUGUGGCUUCACGUGGCAGAGAAGAAGAAAGGCAGGCUCCUCAACCUCAAAUACCGCACCUCGGCCUUCAACCUCUUCCACCACAUCAACACCUACGAGGACAACGGGUUCCUGAUCGUGGACCUGUGCACCUGGAAGGGGUUUGAGUUUGUCUACAACUACCUGUACCUGGCCAACCUUCGGGCCAACUGGGACGAGGUGAAGCGGCAGGCGGAGAAGGCGCCGCAGCCCGAGGCCCGCAGAUACGUCCUGCCCCUGAGCAUCGACAAGGCUGACACAGGGAAGAACCUGGUCACCCUGCCCUACACGACGGCCACGGCGACGCUGCGCAGUGACGAGACCAUCUGGCUGGAGCCAGAGGUGAUUUUCUCAGGGCCACGGCACGCCUUUGAGUUCCCCCAGAUCAACUACAGGAAGUACGGAGGGAAGCCGUACACGUACACCUACGGGCUGGGGCUGAACCACUUUGUCCCAGACAGGCUGUGCAAGCUGAACGUGAAAACCAAGGAGACCUGGGUGUGGCAGGAGCCAGAUGCUUACCCGUCAGAGCCAAUCUUCGUUUCCCACCCGGAUGCGCUGGAGGAAGAUGAUGGGGUGGUGCUGAGCAUCGUCAUCAGCCCGGGGGCGGGGCCCAAGCCCGCCUUCCUCCUCAUCCUCAACGCCAAAGACAUGAGCGAGGUGGCCAGGGCCGAGGUGGAGGUGAACAUUCCUGUGACAUUCCACGGGCUCUUCAAGAGAGCGUGAGCACAAACAGCGACACCUGGCCCGGGCUUCUUCCAGCUCCCAAAGGCGCAGCCUCCGUUUACAGGUGACCCAAACUCCUUCCACAGCCCUUUGCAUUUGUGGGGCUGCUUAACUCAGAUCAAGCAGUUCAGUCUUGUCAAUGAUUCUUCAAAAUGGUUAAUCAGGUAUUUUUUUAAAUGCACCCUUUGGUACCAUUUCCAGUUAAACCACACGUUGGGGGUGGUGGAGAGGUUCUGUUUAUGCAAAAUUAAACUUUGUAGCUGCAGCAGAGCGAAAGAAGCUGAAAGAGCAGAGAGUAACCUCAACACUUUUACAUGAUGUGGUAACAUAGUGUACAACUGGCUGUGCUCUGUUACAUGGUUGAGAAUUUUUAGCCUAAACUGAAUGAUUCUGGAUUGAAACACCAUCCUGGUAAUUGCUGUGGUACCCUCAGAGCAAUCCCAGUGCAGUUUUCCACAGCUGCUUUGGGAAUCCCAAGAGGGUGGCAGGCAGAGUUUUGUUCUUCACCCAGGCUGCAAACUGCACACCUUCCCUUGUGUGUUUGCUCCUUUCCCUUUCUUUUGUCCAAGUGUCCUUGAUUUCUGGAUUUCAUGUAAAAACAUGGACGUGAAAAAAUCAAGCAAUUGUUACCCCUUGGGCUGACUUUGCUUCCUUAGAGUGCUACAGAUGUUCAGCUUAAUCCUUCCUUCUCCCAAAAUAAACUUUCUGCUGAUGUUAAAAGAGGUUACUGUUGAGAAUAAAAACUUCCUG